GUUCAUCCCCUCUCAGUGUCCCAUCCGGACGAGUUUGGAUUGAGAGUUGGACGGCGGUGCAGGCUGUCUGGCCGUGCAAAGGUACUGGGGUGGAAGGGGCAAAAGGGGGUAUCGGAAAGGAAGGCAGACCGACAGGCAGCCGAUUAGCCGCCGUCACUCCUCCCUAACCUUCCAGUCUGCCAUCAUAGCGCAGGAGGAUGGGGAAGCAAGAUGACAGGGGGAAGAACCAGAGCAUCAGGAUGAAUGUUCUGCCAGGAGGGGGAGCAGCGGAAACCCUGUCCAAGCACAACAAAGUGCAAGAGUGUUGCAGCAGCAGCGAGAGCGGCAGCAGAGGAGUGCACCAGAGCAAGGGCACCGCCAAAUGUGACACGAACGGAGAGUACAGUCCCAGGGGCGCCGUGCACUCGCCUUCCAGCGCUUUGCACCAGGAGCAGCCUCCCACCAUGGAAGGGAAAGCCAAGCAGGCUUACGGCGCGGAGCAGAAAGCGGACGGCAGUGUGGUCUCGGCGGGGCACCGGAGGGAGGCGGGGGACGAACCGGAGAGGAACCGCCAGCAGCAGCAGCAGCAGGGGCAGGGCGGCAAGGAGCAGAACUCAGUGGGCUUCAAGAUCGAAGGGGGAGCUGCGGGAGACGAUCCAAUGCUCGGACAGGAUGGCGAGGACUUCCCGCAGUACAGCUCCAUGCAGAGCCACUUCACCGCCCUGCUCCAACCUGGAGUCAACAAGUUUUCCCUGCGGAUGUUCGGCAGCCAAAGGGCAGUUGAGAAAGAGCAGCAGCGAGUCAAAACGGCCGGUUAUUGGAUUAUACACCCCUACAGCGAUUUCCGGUUUUACUGGGACUUGAUAAUGCUGAUGCUUAUGGUUGGAAAUCUCAUAAUUAUUCCGGUGGGAAUCACCUUCUUCACAGAAUCAACGUCCACCAUUUGGAUUAUUUUUAAUGUUGCAUCUGAUACCUUCUUCCUUUUGGACUUGAUAGUCAAUUUUAGAACUGGAAUUGUUGUAGAAGACAAUGCUGAAAUCAUAUUGGACCCCAAGGUGAUCAAGUGGAAGUACUUGAAGAGCUGGUUUAUAAUAGAUUUUGUCUCUUCUAUACCAGUGGAUUAUAUAUUUCUGAUUAUAGAAAAAGGAUUCGAUUCUGAUGUUUACAAGACUGCUAGAGCACUAAGAAUUGUGAGGUUUACAAAAAUCCUCAGCCUCUUACGAUUAUUACGGCUUUCAAGACUUAUUCGAUAUAUACACCAAUGGGAGGAGAUAUUCCAUAUGACAUAUGACUUUGCCAGUGCUGUGGUGAGAAUAUUUAACCUCAUUGGAAUGAUGCUUCUGUUAUGCCACUGGGAUGGUUGUCUCCAGUUUCUAGUUCCAUUGCUUCAGGAUUUUCCCCCUGAUUGUUGGGUGUCCCUAAAUGGUAUGGUUAAUGAUUCAUGGGGGAUGCAGUACUCCUAUGCACUGUUCAAAGCGAUGAGCCACAUGCUUUGCAUUGGCUAUGGAGCUCGGGCACCAGUGUCGAUGUCUGAUCUCUGGAUAACCAUGCUGAGCAUGAUAGUUGGAGCUACAUGCUACGCAAUGUUUGUUGGCCAUGCAACAGCACUCAUCCAGUCCUUAGACUCAUCAAGACGACAGUACCAGGAAAAGUACAAGCAAGUAGAACAAUACAUGUCCUUCCACAAGUUGCCUGCUGAUAUGCGGCAGAAGAUUCAUGAUUACUAUGAGCACCGUUACCAAGGCAAAAUUUUUGAUGAGGACAACAUUCUGGAGGAAUUAAAUGAUCCACUUCGGGAGGAGAUCGUCAAUUUCAACUGUCGGAAACUGGUUGCCACCAUGCCCCUGUUUGCAAACGCUGACCCAAGUUUUGUGACAAGCAUGUUAAGCAAGCUGAGAUUUGAGGUGUUCCAACCUGGAAAUUAUAUUGUGCGGGAAGGGUCCAUUGGGAAGAAAAUGUAUUUCAUUCAACAUGGGGUGGCUACUGUCAUCACUAAAUCAAACAAGGAAAUGAAGCUGUCGGAUGGCUCUUAUUUUGGAGAAAUCUGCUUACUGACAAAAGGCCGCCGUACAGCCAGCGUGAGAGCUGACACCUACUGCCGACUCUACUCCCUCUCCGUGGAUCAUUUCAACGAAGUGCUGGAGCAGUACCCCAUGAUGCGAAGAGCAUUUGAAACUGUGGCAAUCGACAGGCUGAACAGAAUCGGGAAGAAGAACUCUCUCCUAUUACAUAAAGUUCAAAGAGAUCUGAACACUGGUGUUUUUGAUAACCAAGAGACAGAGCUUCUAAAAAAGAUGGUGAAACAAGACCGGGAGAUGGUGCAAUUCAUAGAAACACCCCUCACUGCAUCAUUCGGCGUAUUUCCUCCAUUAUCUGGCAACUCAAUCAUCAGAGCUUCUAUGCAGUCACAGCCACUAAAUAUAGCUCAGUCAGAUUUUCAGCACAUUUCCUCACCAAAUUUGAAUACUUAUUCGCCGUCUUCUCAACCAUCCACAAGGCCACCUCAGCUGGUUCAGACUGUACCCAAUCAGAAUUCCCCGUCACCCAGCUCACAGGCAGUGGCUCCCUCACCCAGCUCUUUUACUGCUGCAGUUCCAAGUCCCUCUGUUCAGAGUCCUCUGGCAGGCCGAACUUUCCAAUAUGGUUCACCAAACGUGUCACAGAUGUCCUUGAUGCAACAACAGCCGGUGCACAGCCCUGCCCAGAGGCGCGAUUCCAACAAAAGCACGCAGGGUUUGCAAACGAGCAACCUAAGCAGAGAUGUAAGACCUCUCUCGGCAUCUCAACCUUCUCUGCCUCACGAGGUGACACCAAUGAUGAUCAGACCACAGCCAUCCUCUGGAGAACCAUUAGCACCAGUUCCUGCUUCAAUCCCAACCACGCAAAGUCCAGGUCCUCAAGGAGGCAUCCGAAGCACUGUUCCACAAAGAAUGUCCCUUUUCCGACACAUGUCCUCAGGAGCAAUACCACCACCACGAGGGACACAAGCAGCUCCCCCAACCCAAAAAAGGGAAACAUCCGCAGUCUUAAGUACAGAUACUGAUCAAGGAAGACCACGAUUUCCCUCUAAUUUAUGACCUUAACAGUUUUUGUUUAUUGCUGACCCUGUUAAUAUUGAACACUGAAAUCCUUGCUCAGCAUUCUACAAGGCAACCUCAUUGUUCAUGAGGAGAGUCUCAUCAUCUUCUGACAGACUGGACAUUGCUGUCCUCAUGACAUGCACAGCUCAACAAAUGUAAAAUAUAACAGAAUAAAGGAUUAAAAACCCUAAUUUUCAGAGUUCUAAUUAGUAAACUACCAGUCUUCCUUCCCCAUGGAUUUUGAACACAUUGAAUUGUUUUCUAAACUCUUGUAAAAUAAGAGAAGAGGAACAGUAACUCACCAACUGGAUCAACAUUAUUGUUUAAACAAAAUUCUCUGCGUGCACAGCAAUGCAAAUCCAGUUUGGGACAGGGUUUUUAGGUGUUUCAAUGCUGCUCCAUAAACAUCACUCCACCAUUCAGUGUUUCUUGCUGGAGAACUACUCAUCAAGAUAUUGUGUCUUUUAUCAACAAAGCAUGGGACACCCAAUAUGUUUUGUAAUGAACUCUCAAUAGGUUAUUCCGUAAAUUCUGUUCCAGUAUUAUUCUGGGUGAUACUUCUGCAUGUUCAAUGGUGGACUAAGGACCAAGUUUAAACCCAUCUUGACAUUCUGCUAAAAUAGACAAGACAUUCCUCAUUUUAGCUUCAGUGUUAAAUGUAUGCUGCAUUUAAAUGGAUUCAGCUAAAGGACAUUUACCUACAACAAUACAGUACAUGUGGAGGAAAGGAAAUAUCCAUGUCUUUGAUGCUAAUAUAAAUGCAAAUAUGCUUAUUGUGGUAACUAGGAUUUUUUUUCAUUCCCAUUCCUUUUCUCCUUCUCAUUUUCCAUUCGGCUUUGAAAAAUAAGUAACUUGUUGGCCUGGAAGGUUAUUUUUAAAAAAUGUCAAAGGCAGCAUCUCAUGAUGUCUGUAGGUACCAUGCUGCACAAUUUUAAUGUUUCAAUGUCUUAUUUUAUUAAAAUAAUAGUUUUAUUGGUUAAAUGACACUUCCAAGCAUUUAAACUGGUCUUUUUCCUUUAUUUUGUUUCUUCAUUUCCAUUGUAUUUAGUAAUGUAAUAUGUUAAUUUAAAAUUUACAGUUUUAGAAAACAUUCCCAAUUUGUUCUGUGUAUGAUGCUUUAAGACACAUCAUGAAAGACAAUAUUUAAAGCCAUACUCUCAUAAUUUUAUUCAUAUUAUAGAUUCUUUUAAAGUGAGUAUUAAUUGUAAGUUUCUUCUACAUUUACUUGCUUUGGCAUUCUCUAGAUAUAUUUCUGUAUUUUUAUUUUAAAGUGUGAGGUUAUUGGUCUUAAUGCAGCUCCAAACAAUCUUAAAAAGUCACAUCACCUUUCAAAGUGAUUUGGUUCUUUAUCAAAAUUAAUUCAUUGAUGAGUUUCCAAUCGGAUUCAAAAGUGUGGCUAUCUUUAUUUCCUUCAAUAUUUCCCAAGUAGCAUUUCCCCUCAAAAUGAAAGUGAAAAAGUUGUGUAUGAUUUCAUUGAAGAAUCCGAUAUAAGAUUGAAACUAUAUUGUUAUUUUCAGUUACUUCGCUACAUGAGAGAAUAUGGCUUUAACUUAAUGUUUGCUUAUCAUAUGCAGUGCAAAUAGCAACAUAUUUUUGGAAUGCAAAAUACUGAUUUAUUAAUCAAGAAAUCAAAUGGAACAAAUAAAGGAAAAGGAUUUAUUUCAAUAGGAAACUGUGUUUUGUGAGGUUCCUUCUGGUGUCUUUGGGUUCCUUUAAUUGUUUUUGUUUUCUUCUGCAUUUGUUUUUGAAGCUUAUCUCCGCAAAUUACAUUCUUAUGCUAUUGUGUGCCUAAAUUGUAGUCAUUUUAUACUCAUAUGUAUAAAAAUGAAAACUUUAAAAAUAUCUCCAUCUUUAGAAUUUCAGAGAAAGAUGUUAGAAAUCCAGAUGGUUGCUAUUUUACUUAAGUGUUGAUAUUUGGGAAAGGAAGGACAGGGGCCACUAUCUAAGGGAUUAAGGACAAAGUUUAUCUUUUUCAAACCAGAUUAUCCUUGUCACAGAUGGCACAAAUUAAUGUAUAUAUUAAUAUAUGUGCAGAAAUUGAAAUAGGAUUAACAUAAUGUAAAAUAUAAAAGAAUACAUAGAUAUAUACUUAUAUACCUAUUCUGAAUUCUGGUGUUGACACCAUGACCUCUAAUAGUUCAUAUAUAUAUAUAUAUAUUGUAUAUAAAAUUGCACUGAGAUGAGAUUAUCCUGCACAAUUUCAUUGUAGCUUUCCUGGCAUUAACUCCAUAUGGCAUAACAGCUGAUGUGAGUUUGUAUAGUAAUGGACAUUGGUGCUUCGGGAAGAAACUUUGAAUGUAAAAUUCUUGUGGAAGGACAACCUAGUCAGUGGAUGAGCUUAAUUAUUUUCUUGCUGUCUUUGCUUGUACUGAAACUUUAAACAUGAAAGGAGUAAAACAUUGUAAGUCAAACAUUAUCCAAGUAAGGCACUAAUCAGGGAGGUGUUUCAUAUGAUCAUCUUAUAAAAGAAAUGCUUUCAUGGAAAACUGUUCUCCAUGUUUAGUACUUUGAAAUGAGACAUGCUCUUCCCCAGCAAUGUAGAGAUGUAUUGUUUCCUUACCCCUCAUUUUUUCAGGACUAAUGAAUUUACUAUAGUGGCAUGUUGCACAUAUUCUUUGCCAGACAAUUUAUGAUGAUUGUGGAAGUUUCAGCUUUAAUCAUUUGCUACACAAGGAAGCAGUGGCUGAUUGCCCAUUUACUACAUAAAGGAAAUAAAAAAAUUGUUGGUGCAUGACUAUAGGGGAAGCCAACAAGAAUAAUUCACUUAGCACGUGGCUGAAAAAGUUUGAAAGGCUUGCACAACUUUGACUCCAAUAUGCAGGAAGAUUCACUUGCAGCAUUUCAACAUUUGGCCUUUCUUUAAUUUCUCCUUGGAAGUUUUCUUCCCUGAAGCUGUUAAAUUCCUUUGAGAGUUUAGUUUGACUUCUUAAUUAGAAUAUGGUAUCUCAUCCAAAUGCCAUUUAUAUUAGAUGGUUCUAAACUUUGACUAUAGUAUGCUAUUUACUGCAGUAAAGCCCUAUUGACCUUCACCUGUCAGCCAUAGGCAUCUUUCCAUUUUAUUAAUGGGAUAUUAGCUGGGCCAAAGGUUAUUGCCCUUGAGAAGGUGACAGUCAGCCAGUUCAAUGAACAUGAGCAAUCCUUCUGUCAAAAGUAUGCCUGUAGUGAGGGAGUCAGAAGGGAAGCCAGGACAGGUUGCUUUGACCUGAAAGGUGUUGAGCUUAAGGACGUGUUGGUGCCGUUCUCAUCCAUCGCACCUCUGACGUGUCUUAUAGAAGGACUUUGCUUUGUCAUGGGGUAAGCUACUUGCUGCUUAAACAUAGCUUUUGGAAUCUGCUUUUACGUUACAUGCAUCUAUACAGCAGAGAGGAUUGAAAACCAGAGCUGUACCUCAGAUGAACACCCCAACCCUUCCCCACUCCAGGAUCAGCUAUCACAGAGACUGCCUGCAAAGUACACUCAUGGUCGAGAAGACUCAUAGAACACAGAACAGUACAACACAGGGACAGGUCCUUUUGCCCACCUAUCUCUGCUAAUCGUGAUGCUAUUUAAACCACACAUUUACAUAUCUAUCUCCCUCUGGAACUGCACAAAGUAUACAAAUCUGGCCUAACUAAAGUUUUAUACAACUGCAUUAUGUCUUCCUGACUUCCAUGCAUAGCACCCUGACCAAUGAAGAAAAAUAUGCCAUACCCCUUCUUAACAGUCCCUUCUCCUUCUGCUGGCAUUCCGAGAUCCCUCUGUAUACCAGUGCUCCUAACAAUCCUGCUAUUUACUGAAUACUUUCCACUUACAUUUGACCUACACACACCUCACAUGUGUCUGCAUCAAAUUCCACCUGCCAUUUCUCUGCUCAUAUUUCCAACUAUUGUAUAUCCUGCUAUUUAUUUUGACAACUUUCCUCGCUUCUCAAUUUUUGUGUUAUCUAAACACUUACUAAUCAGCAAGCUGCAUUUUCAUCCGAGUAAUACCUAGCACAAACAUCAGAGGUCCCAGUGCCAAUCCUUGUAGAGCAUUGGUCAUAGAACCUCCAGUCAGAAUAUCCCCUUACCACCACAAACCUUUGUCUUCUAUGGCCAAGGUAAUUUUGCAACUACUCCAUCAAGUCUCCAUGUCUCCCAUCCCAUGUAGAUCAGCCUACCAUGAAGUACCUUGUUGAAAUUUCUUUUAAACACUCAAGACUGGAACACUCGACUAUUUACACUCUUAACAACCAUGAAAGUUCAACAGUCUGCUAACAGUAUGUGUUUUCAAAUUAUCUUUAUAAGAUCCAGGCAGUCCAAUACAUUCAGUGUUAACAAGUUAAGCUUUAAUGUGACUCGGUUGCUGGGAAGACUCCGCUGGUAUUGGCUAGUCUGCAACAUAAACUCUCCAGUUGGCCCCAUUGGCCUGUUUUCUUGGCUUUAUUUUGUUACUAAUUUGGGUAAAUACAAUACUGUGCUAAAGUCUUAGGCAUAUAUAUACAACUAGGGUCCCAAAGACUAUUGCACAAUAUUGUAGUAAUUUUAUGUAUUGCACUGUACUGCUGCUGCAAAACAAAAAUCAUGACAUAUGUGAGUGAUGAUGAACCUGAUUCUGAUAUGGGUCUCUAUUGUGGACUGAGAGUGGGAAGGAAGGGGAAUCAUGGUUU